AUGGGAAUAAGAUGUGUAACUGCUUCUAAUGGGUUCAUACCUCAAGUAAAUCCUGUGUGUCCUUGUGAAAAAGGCGAACGUGGUGAGAAAGGUUAUCCAGGUGUUUAUUGUGGCUAUCGAUAUAAUACAUAUGCAAGAGAUUGUCUGUCUUCUCGAAUCAAUGUAGAACGCUUAGCUCUUUCUAUCCGGCAAUUAAUAACUGAUACAAAGAUUGUUUACCAAAGAGCACGAGCAAACCCUUGUGUUUGUCAAACAACAUCAUCUCCAUCUGUUGUAUCAAAUCCUUAUCAUUUUGAUUAUCAGAUAUAUGCACGAUUGAAAGGAGAUAAAGGUGAUGCAGGCCAAUCUUGUGCAUUGAACUACAAGUGUACGAGUGUUUCCUACGAAGGAAGCGGCAAUAGAAAAGUUAUCGACCUACUCGGACCAUACGGAAGACUGAUACCGAUAGUUUUGGGAAAUACGGAGACCUUUCCAGUUCAUGAUCAAAAUUUACCUGCUAAAAAAUCGCAAUGUACGAUUCCAUUGCCAUGUCCAGCAUUACAUAUCUUCGCGCUGGGCCCCUAUGCACGAAAAAUGUGCAGUACAAAACGACCAACAGUGUGCUCAAAACUAUCGGAAUAUGAUGAUCUAUGUGCACGUGUUUCGAAACGACACCAACUGAAAGGUUUUUAUCGAGCAUUCAUAUCGACCAGCACACAAUGGUUAGCAAACCUGUUCGAUGGAGUUUGUUUGGAUGCUAAAAUUAUGAACAUGCAAGAACAAGUUCUAUUUGAUUCAUUCGAAGACAUCUUUGAGCAAAAACCGCUACAACACGACAUUCUGGAUGUACAAGGAUUGAAACCGCAAUUUCAAUACUGGUGGCAUGGCAGUCUUCCAAAUGGUACUGCAUCAAGUGACACUUGUCUCGAUUGGAGUCGACAAGAAUCUCGCUUAUCGGGCAUCGCCAGUCGUAUCCCUAACACGAUUCAAAUGUAG